CUGAUAGCAUAAUUUUUAAUUUUGUAAAUAUGCAUUAAAGAUGACCUUUAAGCGAAAAUCUAAAAGGAAAGGGAGAAAAAAUGUUAAUUAUACUGAUAUGAGCUCCAAUUGUGAAAGUGAAGAUGAUUUUGAAGUUGAUUUUGAACCACAAACAAAGAAGGUGAAGCAUAAAGAGAAGGAAAUGAAUAAAGAGAAGAAAGGCGAGAGAAGGCCUUCCGUUCGUGAAAAGUUGUACCAAAGAGAUAUAGAAAAAGCAAUUGAAAUGUCACUAAUAAAUACACCUUAUGGCAGAAAGGAUAAUGAUGUUGGACAAAAUGAAAGCAGUCAUAUCAAAAUAAAUAGUGAGGGUAUCGGUAUGUAA